AAAAUGAGGUUCAAAAUGGGUAAAAUAUGGUGUUUAAUAACCAUUUUGACAAUCAUAUAUACACUUUCAAACUGUGUUCAUGCAAAAGGAACUCAAAUCAAGCCUCUAAUUAUCAAUUUGGGAGACUCCAAUUCAGAUACAGGAGGGGUUUUAUCCGGUGUUGGACUUCCCAUUGGCCUUCCUCAUGGCAUCACUUUCUUCCAUAGGGGCACAGGCAGGCUAGGUGAUGGUCGUCUAAUUAUCGACUUUUUCUGCGAGCACCUAAAGUUGGGCUACUUAAGUCCGUAUUUGGACUCAUUGUAUCCGAAUUUUACCAGUGGAGUUAACUUUGCAGUCUCGGGUGCAACUCUGCUGCCAAAGUUUGUUCCUUUUGCAUUAAGUGUUCAAACCCGCCAGUAUAUUCGAUUCAGAAACCGCUCUCUUGAGCUUGAAUCAAUUGGGAAUGCUCAGAAUUUGAUCACUGAAGACGGGUUCCUUAGUGCAGUUUAUAUGAUUGAUAUUGGACAAAAUGAUCUUCUGUUAUCUCUUUAUGCAUCAAACUUGACCUAUGCACCAGUUGCUGCAAAAAUCCCUUCCUUUAUUGAAGAAAUUAAAGUAGCUGUGCAGACACUGUAUCAAUAUGGUGCGAGGAAGUUCUGGAUCCACAAUACAGGGCCUUUAGGGUGCCAACCCAAAGAGCUUGCCCUGCAUCCACACAAUAGCAGUGACCUUGAUCGAGUUGGAUGCCUUCGUGUGCAUAAUCGAGUAGCAAAGACCUUCAAUAAGGGGCUUCGUGUGCUUUCGGAAGAUCUAAGAUUGGUGUACAAGGAUGCUCUUAUAGUGUAUGUGGAUGUAUAUUCUAUCAAGUACCGCCUGUCUGCCAAGCCUGAAAAUUAUGGUUUCAAGAACCCGUUUGCAGCUUGUUGUGGGCGAGGGGCUCCAUAUUUUUAUGACAGAAAUGCGACAUGUGGGCAGCCAGGAUCAAGCAUUUGCAGCAAUGUAUCAGAGUCAAUAGUUUGGGAUGGAGUUCAUUACACUGAUGCUGCUAACCGUGUUGUAGCAACAAACAUACUUUCUGGACAUUACUCUACUCCAAAACUUAAGCUUGAACAGUUAUGGGAUGAUUUCUUGACUGUAAAUUAGACUAAAUAACUAGAAGUUGCACUGAGCAGUAAAAGUAAAGUAUUUUCUUUGAUGAAUGGAAUAAUAAAUUUAUUGCA